CCGCCUCGAGCGUGUUUUUGAGACGCGUCCCGCGCGGUGCAUUGUGGGCUGCUGGAGGAGCGCAGGGUCAGAUUGACGCGAUCAUGGCCGCGGUGUGUUUCUCCUUGAGCCGCUGCUGCGCCGCCGGUCACCGAGCCUCGCUCACGGUGGUGCGGUUCGCGCAGACGGCGGCGGCGGCGGCGCCCGCAGCUCAGCCCAGAAUCAAGAAGUUCCAGAUCUACCGCUGGGAUCCGGACCGCGCCGGAGACAAACCUCGCAUGCAGACGUACGAGAUCGACCUGAACACCUGCGGGCCGAUGGUUCUGGACGCACUCAUCAAGAUCAAGAACGAGAUGGACGGCACGCUGACCUUCAGACGCUCCUGCAGGGAGGGAAUCUGCGGAUCUUGCGCGAUGAAUAUCAACGGUGGAAACACGCUGGCGUGUCUGAACAAAAUCGACACUAACACCAGCAAAGUGACGAAGAUCUACCCGCUGCCGCACAUGUAUGUGGUCAAAGACCUGGUGCCGGACAUGAGCAACUUCUACGCUCAGUACAAGUCCAUCGAGCCGUUCCUGAAGAAGAAGGACGAGUCCAGACAGGGCCAGGAGCAGUACCUGCAGAGCAUGGAGGACCGGCAGAAACUGGACGGCCUGUACGAGUGUAUCCUGUGCGCCUGCUGCAGCACCAGCUGUCCCAGUUACUGGUGGAACGGAGACAAAUAUCUGGGUCCAGCCGUCCUCAUGCAGGCGUACCGCUGGAUGAUCGACUCGCGUGACGAUUACACCGAGGAGAGGCUCUCCAAGCUCCAGGACCCCUUCUCUCUGUACCGCUGUCACACCAUCAUGAACUGCACCAAAACCUGCCCGAAGGGGCUGAAUCCAGGCAAAGCCAUCGCCGAGAUCAAGAAGAUGAUGGCCACCUACAAAGAGAAGACGACGGCGUCGGCUUAAUUACAUGAAGACGUACAGUCCUGCAAAGACCAGCGGCUCACACACACACACACACACACACACACACUCUAGACAAGACAGAGACCACAUUAUUAUGCUUCUGCUCAUCACUCCGUACAGAGACGCGUGUGUUUGUUGAGCUCAAGGUCUUCGAGCUGUUGUAUCUGGAGAUCUGCUGUAUAUUAAAUAAACACAUGCUCGUAGAACACCAUGUUCUGUUCUUACCGAUUUCACUUCUGCAAAAACAGUCGAGUGUUUGAUGGACGUUUUCCUCAGAUUUGCAGUCAAAAGUCUCUUUAAGAGUCUUCCUCGUGUUAAAAUAAUAAUAAAGUGAUUAUAAACUCGACUGGAAUUCUGGGAAUGGUCAUUUUCAAAGUCUAAUUUCCAGGUUUUAUUCAUGUUUGAAAAAAAUAAUAAUUAGUGUUUUUAUAAACAAUUUUGAAGAAGGGCAAUGCUUUUCCUUUACUAUCCAAUACAGUUCCUACAUAAAAAUGUCAAAUUACUAAUUUUACUGGGGCAUUAACAAAGUAUUACUUCAUUACUGUA